CGGGGAAGAUGGCUGCCGCCCGCGGGCCCGACGAGGACCAGGAGCACGUGACGGGCGCCAAGGUCCUGGCCCUCGCCCUCAAGGAGCAGAAAGUGGAGUACGUCUUUGGCAUCGUGGGCAUCCCCGUGACAGAAAUAGCACUCGCCGCCCAAGAGGUGGGCAUCAAGUACCUAGGGAUGAGGAACGAGCAGGCGGCCUGUUACGCUGCCUCUGCUGUGGGAUAUCUUACAGGCAGGCCAGGAGUAUGCCUUGUCGUUUCUGGCCCCGGGCUCAUCCACGCACUGGGUGGAAUGGCAAAUGCAAACAUGAAUUGCUGGCCUGUGAUUGUGAUUGGUGGCUCAUCGGACAGAAAUCAAGAGACAAUGGGAGCCUUCCAGGAAUUUCCUCAGGUUGAAGCUUGUAGGCUCUACAGCAAGUUUUCUGUCAGGCCGAGCAGUGUGGAAGUUAUUCCCUCAGUCAUAGAAAAGGCAGUAAGAAACAGCAUUUACGGUCGCCCAGGUGCUUGCUAUGUUGACAUCCCUGGAGACUUUGUGAAUCACAACGUGGCUGUGAGUUCUAUAAAAUAUGUUGAAUGCUGCUUGCCACCUCCCAUCAGCAUGGCGGAUGCAUCUGCAAUUUCUGAAGCAGCCAACAUUAUUAGAAAUGCCAAACGACCGCUUCUGAUCAUUGGGAAAGGUGCUGCUUAUGCCUGUGCUGAAGAGAACAUCCGAAAGUUUGUGGAGCUGUGUGGCUUGCCAUUCUUACCCACUCCUAUGGGCAAGGGAGUUGUUCCUGACAACCACCCAAACUGUGUAGCUCCAGCCAGAUCCAGAGCUUUGCAGCAUGCUGAUGUAAUCAUAUUACUUGGUGCCAGGUUAAACUGGAUUUUGCAUUUUGGACUCCCUCCCAGAUAUCAACCAGAUGUUAAAAUUAUCCAGGUUGAUAUCUGUGCAGAAGAGCUGGGGAAUAAUGUAAGGCCCGUAGCAGCUCUGCUAGGUGAUAUAAAUGCUGUCACUGAACAGCUUUUAGAUUAUUACGAGAAAAGACCGUGGAAAUAUCCUCCAAAUACUGAGUGGUGGGAGACUCUGAAAGAGAAGAAGAAGAGCAAUGAAGAACUAUCCAAGAAACUGGCAUCCCAGGUAUCUCUGCCUAUGAAUUAUUACACUGUGUUCCACCAUAUUCAACAACAACUGCCAAAAGAUUGUAUAAUAGUAAGCGAAGGAGCAAAUACAAUGGAUAUUGGACGUACUGUGCUUCAGAACUACCUUCCUCGUCAUAGACUUGAUGCUGGCACAUUUGGGACGAUGGGAGUUGGCUUGGGUUUUGCCAUUGCAGCUGCAGUGGUGACUAGAGAUCGAAACCCAGGGCAACAGGUAAUCUGUGUGGAAGGAGACAGUGCCUUCGGAUUCUCGGGUAUGGAGGUGGAAACCAUCUGCAGGUAUAACUUGCCAAUACUCAUUAUUGUGGUCAACAAUAAUGGAAUUUACCAAGGUUUUGAUGCCAGUACCUGGAAGAAUAUAUUAAAACUUGGAGACACUACCAUUGUGGCACCUCCUGUUUCUCUCCUGCCCAACUCCCAUUAUGAGCAGGUUAUGACUGCUUUUGGGGGCAAGGGAUACUUUGUUCAAACACCACAGGAGUUGCAAAAUGCCCUGAGAGCAGGUUUAAAAGAGAAGACUGUGCCUUCUCUUAUCAAUGUCAUGAUUGAGCCUCAAGCCAGUCGAAAGGAACAGGAUUUUCACUGGCUCACCCGUUCCAACAUGUGAGUGAAGAUGGGCCGUGUCCCUCCAACAAGACGACAUCCAUUUUACAAACCAGUGAUACCGAAAUUUUUAAAAAUUCACUAAAAAAAAUAAGGCAACAUUUUUAGAAUCAGGUAUUUUAGAUACAAAUUAUUUUUGGAGUCUGUUUACCCGGUUUUAUUUUUUUCAGAAUAUCCAUUUGCCACCGCAAAAAAAGACAGAGCACCAUUUAUUUGAGAAGCAGUGUGGCUUAGUGGAAAGAGCCCGGGCUUAGGAGUCAGAGGU